AUGCAUAUAACUCAUGAAAAUUUAUUAAAGUAUCGUGGCAUUGCUCUUGAGUAUGAUCAUAUAUUAUUCUUUAUGGAGUAUUGUAGUCAUGGUACAAUAGCUCAACUUUUACUCGGUACCUCAUCGUCUUCAUCAUCAUUACAUAUAGAUACACGUUGUCUAUCAGCUUCACUUGUUUAUUCAUUAAAUCAUACAUCAUCUGUUGAUAAAGAUAUUAUACAAAUAACAGCUGAUUUUGAUGAUGUUAAUUUUGUUUAUGAUUCUAAAUUUAUGAAAAAACAAUCAUUAUUACUUGAUAUGGAAGUUAUUGCUAAUAUACGUUGUAUACCAUACAGUAAUUCAUCAAUAGCAUCAAGUGCUUAUUAUCGGCAAGUUAUUAAUUGGGUUGCUAAUGGUGUACAACGAACAAUUUCAACUGAUUUAUGUUUAACAAAUGAAUGUAUUGGUUUUUUUUGA